AUGGGAGACGCACCAGCCCCCAAAUCCCGCCUUGGCCGUUAUCGCCUCCUUGCACCUACAGCAGCGGUCAAGGUAAGUCCACUAUGCCUGGGUGCGAUGAACUUUGGUGAUAAAUGGAUAGAAAGACUCGGCGAGACCGAUAAGGAGACAUCCUUCAAGAUCCUGGAUACAUUCUAUGAGAAUGGCGGUAACUUCAUCGAUACUGCUAGCAACUAUCAAAAUGGAGAAAACGAAGUCUGGAUCGGCGAGUGGAUGGAAAAGCGCGGAGUUCGGGAUGAGAUUGUUCUGGCGACCAAGUAUACCUCGCCGUGGCGCAAGCACAUUGAAACCGAGCUGCAAGCAAACUAUGUGGGGAACAAUGCAAAAAGCCUCAAGAUUUCGGUGGAAGCGAGCUUGAAAAAGUUGAAGACGGACUAUAUUGAUCUGCUUUACGUCCACUGGUGGGACUUUAGCACAUCUAUCGAGGAAGUCAUGAACGCCCUUAAUCAGCUCGUCAUUGCUGGAAAAGUCCUCUAUUUGGGCGUUAGCGACACCCCUGCCUGGAUCGUGAGCAGAGCAAACCAAUGCAAGAGCACCCCGUACGCUCGUGACCAUGCCCUCCGACCAUUCUCAGUCUACCAAGGACAAUGGAACGCGGCCCGUCGCGAUCUAGAACGCGAAAUCAUACCGAUGUGCGCAGCAGAGGGCAUGGGAAUCUGUCCCUGGGGUGCAAUCGGUGGGGGAUCCUUCAAGACAGCAGCGCAGCGCGAGGACCUCAUAAAGAACGGCAACCCAGGCCGACAGAUUGAGCCUCGAGAAAUUGAUAUACAAGUCUCCAAUGUUCUAGAAAGGGUUGCAGCACGCCAUAACACCAUCAUUACAAGUGUGGCGCUUGCUUAUCUCCUUCACAAGUUCCCUUAUGUCUCGCCAAUAAUUGGGGGCCGGAAGGUUGAUCACCUAUUGGGGAAUAUUGAUGCCUUGCGCGUCGAGCUUUCGCAGGGAGAUAUUAAGGAUAUUGAGAGCGCUUAUGAGUUUGACUACGGGUUCCCGACGACUUUUCUCUUCAAGGGUAAGAAGGAGCCGCAUCCCAGUUCUUCUUCCUGGAUGAAUGGUGCGGCGAAGUUUGAUUAUCCCGAUUUGGUUCGACCACCCGCUGUGAAGUCGGUGGAUGAUGAUUGA